CAGUCAUUGCGCAGCCUUAGCAUGAAUGAACAUGAUGGCUUUAGGACCAUAAAAAAUGGACUGUACCAAGUUGUACAACAGGGGUGAUUUUUCUCGAUUACACUAACCGCUUUCAGUAUUCUUUCGGAUAAUGAGGUCAGUGAAAAGUCUGAUAGGAUUUUUUUGUUAGUGUAGCAUGUCUUUUGAAACUGACAGCGAUGAAUGUGUAGUAAUUGGGGCUGUUAUAUGUCCACUGGCAUAAUGGACUGCCCCAAUUCCAGGGUAACCUAGAGAAACAAACUGUAUGUGACAGCCACAGAGACAGCAGAGAGGUGAGAGAUUAAAGACAUUAAUAGGGGAAACUCUAUAUAAAAGUUAUUAGUUAGAGGUGGGGGUUCAUACAGUACUGCCCCCCAGAGGUGGGAUUUAUUGGGGUACUUACCAACUGAACUACUAACUGCCCUUCAUCAAUCCUUAACAUAGAAAGUGGAAAGAAUAAGAACCUAUCAAUAAAAUAAUAUUUUUGACUAUCAAUAUAAUUUAUUAUUAUUUAGAUAUAAUACUAGUGAUCAUUCAUGAAGCUAAGUAGGGAGUCACUCUAAGAUGUACACUUUGUGCAUUUAUAACUAUUUUCUAAUAUUCAUGUAAACUUUUUAUAUAUAUAUAUAUAUAUAUAUAUAUAUAUAUAUAUAUAUAUAUAUAUAAUGUUUCAAUGUAAAAUGUUUUGCCGUCGUUACUUUUUUUUUUUAACAUAAUAUGAUUUCAAAUAUUAUAUUUAAAUAUCUCUCAUAUUUAACAAAAAAUAUGACCGCAAAGGCUGAAAAAUACAUAAAAUAAAAUGCAGAAAUCCAUACAGCUAUAUUUUGCUCUAGGCUGAAAUGUGCCUCCAUUUUGUCUCCCUGUCAAUCCUCUUUAUAAGCUUUUCUGUCAUUGAGCAGACAGUAGCAUGUGGGGAAAACAGAAACAAUUAAACACACUUUCACAUUUAAUUUUCAGCAAAUAUUUGUUACAAAUUAUUAAAGCUGUUGCAUUUUAUUUGGCGAAGCAACAGAUUUAUCAAUUUUUGCACCAAUUUUUCUGACAGAUAAAUGUUGUGUUUCACUUUUCUGUUUCCUGACAUUCUAAAUUUGGUGAUCUUAUGAAAUGGAAAUUCCUGUGAAAACUAGUGAAAUUUCUUAUAGAACAUGUUAAUAAACUGUAAGCUCGUUUGAGCAGGGUCCUCUUCAACCUAUUGUUCCUGUAAUUUUUCUUGUAAUUGUCCUAUUUAUAGUUACAUCCCCCCUCUCAUAAUAUUAGGUUUCAAUGUCAAACACUAGAAGGGUUAUUCACUAAAUUGUGAAUUGUAAUCAAUUUAAAUCCAGAAUGGCAACAUUUAGCCUGAAAUAGCUGUGACUAUAGCUGAGUUGGAAAAAACUUUCCAGAUCCACUACUUUUGCCUAUGUUUUCCAUUCAGGUUUCAGUUCACUUCAACUCUGUCUUUACUGAAUAAACACCUGAAUGUUUCCUCUCCUAUUAUUUUACCUAAGGAUCCUGUGCUAGUAUAUAUUCACUAAUAGUAUAUAGUAUGUAUUCAUUCUAUAUUAGUUGGUGUUUUUUUUCCUUUUGUUUUUUAAACCGUUUAAUUGCUCAGAUGGGAAUCCAUUCUUGUAACUGCUUAAUUCACUUUACUAUAUGCCAUGUAAUAUAUUCUGCAAUUUCUCUUUAAGACUCCUUUGCCUGAACAACCAUGCCUGGAGAUGUGAAAAAUGACAUGGAGAGGAUUGGCCUCUUCAGUGAGAUGACCUAUAUCAGCAUUGGAGAUAAAUAUGUCCCCCCUUGUUCAAGUAAGUAAACACUUCAUUAAGUUAGAGUAAUGCUGCAUAGUUUAAAAAGAGCUUUUGACUCAGUGUAAGCCUCAAUGCAGAAUAUAUUUAGUCGAGGGCUUGCAAGUGAAAUGAGCAAGGGAUUCUUCGGUUUGUCCAAUCUAAGAAAAAAUUAGCACAUGUGGACACUGCGAUCAACACAUCCUAUGAAUCCCAAAUAAGCUAGGACAGUCCUGAUUUUGAACUCUGUGAUCUGUUUUUUUUUUUUUUUUUUUCUUGUCUCUUGUAGACUGAAUGAUGCUUCACUGAUACUUUGAAUCUGCACCAAAGAUUAGUGGCUCAUGAAUAUGUCUUAAUGCUUUUUUUUUUUUUUUUUUUUUUUAAUAACCCCAUUGGAGGAAUAUAGAUUCUUUGAUUGUCAUGCUAUUUUUAUGGAGUUUGCAUUUUUUCUGAUUCUUCUGUAUAGAAUGAAUUAGGACAGAUCCCAAGUACUGGCCAUGAACUUCCCAGUCAAGGACACAAUACACACAUGGAGUCACUGUUUAAAUGCAUAUUGUCACAGAGUGUCUGGAAGGGUAGUGGAGGGGAGAAAUUUAGGACCCAAAAUACUUCAUAGUCUCUAUCUCUGAGGCCAGCAAAAGAUGGCAUAUGUACCAUGCAUGACACUCAAGAUAACUUUGCAUGGCACACAAGGCUGCCAGAGCCAAACGGGUUGGGGAGAUCUAAGAAUUCCGGUUGGACGUACAUAUUUACAUAUAUUUGCUAAUACCAAGUGAGCGUGAUUGCAGCAAGAAGUGAUAGACAAUUCUCCAUUCAUUUAUUGCAGUACUGAGAGGAAGUGAUUUCAGAUUACUUCAUCCCAGCGCCUGUGAAGGGAAUUCCGCACUGGAGUAGAGCCGCCUGCAGCAGCCAUCGAAGCUCCUGCCAUUGGCCAGUAUCUGGCCAACCCUGUCCCCACUGAACCCAGGGAAACCACCCACACACCUAGAUAUACACAGAGGUGCAGAAGAGGCCUCUCCCUCAUACAAAUAAUACAAACAGCCCUCACAAACACACACACACACCACCACUAACAAUUCACAAGGACACAACCUCACAAACAUCCUCCCACAUGCAGUACCCCAAGCAGCCCCACAUAUUCACAUAACACCACACACACAAGGCUACAUAUAAACCACACGCAAUUUCACAGACAGCCCCGCAUACACAGCACUCUUUCACACACAUAACAUGAUACACAGCCCACAUGCAUACAUAUCAUAAACAAUACCUCAGUCUAUUCAUGCACAUAUACACUAUAACAUCCCUCACACGCACAAACACAACCCUACAAACCAGCCCCCAUAAAUAACACACAAAAUACGGCAACAUGCACACACAUCAAUUUAAAAAUUGGACCAGCACACCAAAGGACUUCAAAGUCUUGUUUUGGCACAUUACUAGUAGAAGAUUGCCUACCCCUGCUCCGUCCACUCACCUCUCCUGUAUUAAUCAAUUAACAGCAGGUACAUUCUUAGGCUGCUGACUCCUAGAAAAAGAAAUGUGAUUUGUUUAAACUGAUAAGAGCAGGGCAGCAGUAAGCUUAUCAGAGAAAACUAAUUUUGUUUAUUAGGUUAUUUUAUCUGGUAUAGUUAGGGUCGUUGAAUGUUUAGUUAGUGUUCCAGAAGAGCUAGGCUUUUGUUUGUAGUAUUUUCGAAUCACCUGUGAAUGCGAUUGAAAAGCCAAGUGUGACAUUUGCUCAUUUAUUGAAUAAAACUGCUUCUUUCUGCAAUUUCAUGUCUGCGGCUGAUUACACCCUAAAGGACCCUGCUGUGUUUGCUGGUAACCGGUAUCCUUUGUGGUUAAUGUAUCACAAUAUUAAUCAAGAAGGGAAACACUUAAUAUCAUGAAUGUAUUCCCCCCCAGAACCAUUCAAUGAAGCUGCUGGUAAGAACAGGCAGAUGAUUCCUGGAGGGUCCAAGUCCAUGGCUAAUAUAACAGGUGGCUACUUUGACGGCGAAUUCAAAAGAGUUUUUGAAAGCGAAUCCUAUUCAGAUCCACUGAGAGUGAGAAGGAAAUACAAAAUAGAACAAGCCAAGAAAAAUCUUGGAAAGGCAUUCCUUCCGUCUAGUGGCGAGAUAAAACCGUAAGUCGGAAAACAAAACAUAUUUUAUUUUCCCCAAUCCUUCAUGGUAAUGUGUCAAUAACGCCUUCUUCCAAUCACUUGCUCUAUUUUUACUUAUUGUUAAUGUAACCUUUAACUAACAGCUGCUAACAACAAGGGGCCCAUUGUUUGGCUUCUCUUACCUUAUUGUAUACACUGUAGUGACCAGCUGUUAAUUGACAAUGGUUACAGAUAAGUUAUACUCCAAGGUUGCAGUAAAAUCAAUUAUAAUUUUCCAUGAUGAUUUGCUGCCUAAAGACAUAACAAGAAUCCUGAUGAAGGGUAAAGACCUUGAGCUUUGUCCAAAUUGCUGUUUUAUAUCCCGCUUGCAUACAGAUAUAAAUCUGUUUUCAGGUUAUUUAAAAGUAGCCCAAAAUUGUUUGUUUAAAAUAAAAAAUAUGUUUGAAUAUUCCAAAAGUUUUAUAUUUGCUUCUUCACAAUUAACUAAGGAUUCAGUUUGAAUGUAAAAGAGAGAGCAAAAUUAUUUUCCUAUCUCCCCAGCCAACCAAAAAAUUGGAAUGAGGAUUAGGAAAAUAGGUCAGGAUGGUGGUACCAGCUCCACCUAAUAUGGGCUUGAACCCAGGUAUUGUGUAUGGAAAACAGAAAUAAACUAAAUAGGAGGAAUAACCCACUAGGGGGUCCUCCGGAUAGCUGGUAUAAAAAAUAUGUACACCCUUGAUGCAAUGUUUCUCUAAAAUUCUUGGAAGAAUGUGUAAAGUGUAAGCAAUGGAAGCUCUAGCGCCUCUGGUAUAACCAAAGGUAUCUUAGGGAAAAAAUAGAUAUGUGAACGGAAAAACUUUAUUGACCUUAUAAUGCCCAAAAGAUACUAUGACGAUAUAACCAGUGGCUAAUAAGACACAUUCUAUAUUCCCCCCAUAUGACCUGAACUGGGUGUGAAUUUGAUGGCAGUCCACAAUAGUGUGGAAGCUCAACAAAAUUCAAAUAAACACCCCAGACUAAAGAGGAGGGGGGGGGGAUAGAGAAGAGGGAGGACAGAUAAAGGAUAGCAGGGUACCCUGAUCGAUAUGUGAGCGGGAUCCUGAGUAAACAAAUACGUCAAUCCAAUCUGGGACACCGGGAAUAGAGCUUUCUAAUAGGAGGGAAACCGGUAAGUAUCGUAAUCUAAAGGUCCAGCAACCAAAGACUGCUGCUAGUAGGCAGAACGGCUGCUGUAGACACCAGUGAACUAGUUCCCUGUAAACACCUUCGUGGGUGUUCUAUGCAGCUCCAGCUCUAUACAGAAAGCUCUAUUCCCGGUGUCCCAGAUUGAAUUGACGUAUUUGUUUACUCAGGAUCCCGUUCACAUAUCGAUCAGGGUACCCUGCUAUCCUUUAUCUGUCCUCCCUCUUUUCUAUCUCCCCCCCCCCCUCUUUAGUCUGGGGUGUUUAUUUGAAUUUUGUUGAGCUUCCACACUAUUGUGGACUGCCUUCAAAUUCACACCCAGUUCAGGUCAUAUGGGGGAAUAUAGAAUGUGUCUUAUUAGCCACUGGUUAUAUCGUCAUAGUAUCUUUUGGGCAUUAUAAGGUCAAUAAAGUUUUUCCGUUCACAUAUCUAUUUUUGCCCUAAGAUACCUUUGGUUAUACCAGAGGCGCUAGAGCUUCCAUUGCUUACACUUUACACAUUCUUCCAAGAAUUUUAGAGAAACAUUGCAUCAAGGGUGUACAUAUUUUUUAUACCAGCUAUCCGGAGGACCCCCUAGGGGGUUAUUCCUCCUAUUUAGUUUAUUUCCGUUUUCCAUACAGUUUGAAUGUUCUGCAGCCAUUCUGCAUUGCUUUCUACAACUACAACAAAAUGGAAUUUGCUAUACAAAAGGGCGGAAAAGUUAUACAUUCUAAAAACCACAAUGCAUAAUUCAGAGCUUAUGGAGUCACACAGAUUCUCCUUUUACUGAUGUUUGUAAUGUGGCCUUCUUUUUAGAUCUGGACAAGGCAGCUUUUAUGGUACUUUGGGUGGUCCAGUUCCUGCAUUGAGCCCUGUACAAAAACCCAGAAAAGCCUACACAGCACCAGGAAAAAACUUUUAUACCAAUCCUUCAAAGCACGGGACUGGAUAUGGGUAAACGUCUCAGAUACUUGCCUUUCUUUUCCAUGGUAAUUUUACAGGUCAGUUUUAUGUUUCUCUUUUUCUACACAGUGAGCUCAUUAUAUUUGUUUCUUUUAAGGUACCCUAAUGUAACCAUAGGCAAGGAUUACCCAUAUACCUCAGAUGAUUAUGACAGAUUGCGAGUUCUGAUGAAGGUAAGUAUUUGACCAUGUCAGAUUUAUCGCCUGUUUUAAUGCCUGCCAGUGUUGUGAAAUUAUAAGCACACCUCUUCCAAACAGUAAAGGUAGUUUUAACCCCUUAAGGACACAUGACAUGUGUGACAUGUCAUGAUUCCCUUUUAUUCCAGAAGUUUGGUCCUUAAUGACUAAUUUCUAAAGUCAGAGUGGGGGACUUGUACUGUACCAUUUAAUUGCUAGCAUUAGUAUUCCAGAGAUUGGGUAGGUGAAUACUUGGUCCACAUGGGCUGUGUUGAGCCGCGUGGGGAGAAACUCUAUAAAUACCAUAUGGCCAGGUCUGUAAAAAAGGCUGGACAAUGUUUUUGCUGGGGAACCAGGGGGCUCCCAGUGCCAGGAUUGCCACCACAACCACUUACACAUCUAUAGGGCUCCCAGUGAACGGACUGCAACCACAACCACUUACACAUCUAUAGGCCUCCCAGUGCCAGGAAUUAGCUUAUUGGUCAAGAUUCCUGUCAUCAUUCACGUAAUUUUCCCUCCCUCUCUUGUUUUGCCACUUUUCAGAAAUCCGAAGCACUUCGGCAAUUCAGAACUUCUGCAAUUCGGUUUGAUUCGGCACUUCCGAACUACCGAACUUCAGACAUUCGUAAGCGUCCGAAUGUACAUUCGGAACUAAACAAAUUGCACAUGUCUAAUAGAUACAAUGAUAAUGAUGGACCUAUUUUAGGGGCAUGUGCAUGAAACUGGAGCUCUAUCAGCUCCUUUUGUUAGUCUGGCUCUGGAUGUAACCUCUCUGAAGUUAGCAACUGACUGCUUGAGGCCUUAAAUUGUAAUACAUUCCUACAGGUUAUUCACUAAAUCAUAUAUUGACAGCAAUUGAUCAAAGAAUUACAAAUGUUAUAUCAACAUUUUAAAUCCUGUUUUUCGGGUUUUAAUAACUCUUUUUUACUUGGUCUCCACAACACUCCAUCAUUCCGCUCUCUUCGAAUGUCUUAUCCUCGUGUGCACAUCCCUCCAUAAUCUUGCCCUUCUCUACCUCUCCACACUUCUCUCUCACUUCGCACUAAACUGUCUUCUUCCUCGGUUUUUUACACUUACACCCAUGUGUUCCUUCAUGAUUCUGAUAAUUUUCCCUCUUAGCCCCUUACCACUGGAAUAAGCUGCUUCCCCACAUCUGAUUUGACACCUCUCUAUCAUCUGUCAGCAAACUUCUAAUCUCAUAGACCUUCUCGCAUAGUACCUUGUAGGAGGUUGAAGACUAUGAGCAGGGUGAUCCUCUCCUUUUGUACAUGUAUCUAAUAAUAUUUCCCAUUGUUUGCAUAAUUACCAGUGUUCUUCGUGUAUAAAUUUUAAAGCGCUCUGGAAAAAAAUUAUUAAAUAACCCUGCUACUUCUUUCCAUCGGGGGGUUAAACUAUCACUCUUAAUAUAAACUGUAAAGUGUGUCAUCUGUUGUCUCAUUGUACUAAGCCACAGGCUUUCCCUAACCAGUAUGUUAAUAAUGAUUAAAAGGAAUUUUCUUGGCAUACCUUUUUUUUUUUUUUUUUUUGAGCUCAGAAGGAACACGACAGUCACAAACAAAAACUUAAAGGUGGUCCUUUAAGGCUAAAUCUUUAUCCGAAGGACUUUUUUGAUGAAAACCCCUACUACUCAGACAAACCCUUGCCGCCCCUGAAGGAUAAAACCAAGAAAAUAGAACCUGUGAAGCCCUUCAUGCCAAGUUCACCAGGGAAAGAAGUGGGUAUACAUGCAUGCUUUAUUUAUAUAAAUGUAUCAUAUUUUUCUAUUUCUAAUGAUGCAAUUUAUCUGCUUUCCAAUGGCACUUUUUAUAUUGUGACUUUCAGGCUUAUCAACGCAUAAAUUGCUUUGUAAAUUUAAAUAUACAGAGUUUAUUCUCUAAACUAUGAAUUGUAACAUAUUGGACUCUGAUAACUGAUUUGAUAAAAUUCUCCAAAUCCGCUAUAGUCGACUAUUUGAACAACUUGACUAUUUUAGCCUUGGUUUAGCUGUUAGCAUAGUACCGUAAUGUGAUGUUUAGUAAAUAAACCCAUGAAUAUACAUACGGUAAAUUCUAGACUUCAUUCUGAAAGCUAUGAGGUAAUCUCUAAAACUGCUGAUUUCUCAGGUUGUCAGUGUUGCACAUAAACUUCAUGAAAAAUAUUUGCCCACCCAGAUGUAAAACAUUUCAAUGCAGAUUGUGUAAAAGGCAAUUUGAAAAAAGUUUGGACCUCACUAGCAUCCUGUACAUCGCUGGUGGAGACAGCUUGUAAUUUGACCUUUGCCGCUAAAAGGAUGAAUGGUGUCACAGCAGAGUUAGGUUUAUCUAUUGGUUUUUUUUUUACCAAGUUAGUAUAUACAAAUCAACAUUGCAUUAAUUAGCUUACACACCAUUCAUUGUAACAAUAAUGAUUAAACCACUUCAUCUAUUCAUUAGCGUUUAUUUACUGAUACAAAAGGAGAGGAUCACCGUGCUCAUAGUCUUCAACCUCCUACUAUGUGAGAAGGUCUAUGAGCUUAGAAGCUUGCUACCAGAUGAUAGAGAGGUGUCAGAUAAAUUUGGGGAGGCAGUUUAUUCCAGUGGUAAGGGGCUAAAAAGGAAAAUUAACAUAAUCAUAAAGGAACACAUGGGUGUGAGUGUUGGGUAAAAGAAGUGGAAACGAGGGAGAAGACCGUUUGGUGUGUAGUGAAUGUAGUGUAUUUAUUUUAAAUUCAAACUUGCAACACAACAUAGCCAAUUGGGAAAUUUAGGUGAGCUGGAGAUUAGUUUUAUAUAGAAUUCUUCCUCUACCUUUACUCCUCCUCCUAGACAUCUGCAAGGUUAUUAACUAAAGUGAGAAUUCAAAGUGAUAUUCAAAUUUAAUGGCAAAAUAGCUGAAUUAGAAACAUUCCCUAAGUCAACUAUGCUUCUAGUUGGGCUACUUCGAUUUUGAAUUCUCACUUUUAGUGAAUAACCUGCUGAUGUCUCCUUUACAUUUGCUCCAGAGUCAGGGGACAGACCACACACUUCUAGCAGCUUGACCACUACAAUGGCAUGAGUUAUGGUGCUUAGACUGCACCUUUACAUGAAACUAUUGCGGAAUAUGAAACUUGUUUUUUAAAUGCAUUGUGUAGAUUUGUUACAUGGUGUUCUGCAUCUGAGGAUACCAGGAAAAUGUAUUUAAGGCAGCACAUCUUUAAACAUGCUGACAUUGUUUAGCGAGCACAGAGCUUCACCAGUGCUCUCUGCGUGGUUUUCUGUGUUGCGGCUGGCCAGAGAGGCAGUCAGCUGUGGUUGACACAAAGCUGACACUCAUUAUGGGCAUCACUGGCAAUGCCAGUAGAGUUUCUCUCCACUGUAAUUUUGUUUACUGCUGUGAAAGAUAAAGUAACACUAAACAUUUUCUGAAAUCUAAAUACUCUUGUGAUUCUUUCUUCCUCAUGAUGGUGAUAGAUUUUUCUAUUUCUCUUGAUAGCCAGGAGGAAUGAAAGCUGGAACAUUCAAUCAAUAUCCUUCUCAUUCCAAUGACCCUUACAUAGCAAAGUCAGCAAAAAGUAAGAUUAGUGCAAAACCAUUCAACCCGCCAACUGGACCAAAAUCCUAUCCUAUCCGAAGCAUAUUGGCAUCGAAUGUAGCAAAGUAAGUGCAAAGUCUGUAAAAACACUUUACCAAGUGACAUUUCUAUUGUGAACACCAAGAACGUGCAUAAAAAUAAUUUAUGCAAUAAAUUUCAGGUAGUUUCUAACGUUAUUGGUACAAACCUUUAAUGGGCAAUCUAAGCACCAAGCAUCUAAAUGUAGUGGUUUAGGUGCAAAGAUAAUGUCCCUUUUUCGGACAAUAUAAAACAUCGACAUUUUGGGUUCGGCAAUGUUUACAUUUUUCCAAGAAUAUGCAUCUACUGGCUAUCAAUUAUGCCAAAACAUCAAUUUUCAGAUUAAACCAUUGGAUAACCGUUUAUCCCGUGAAGGUAAUAUGGAGUCCAGACACACCUGCCCCCUUAACGCUUCAAAGGAAGUUAAGGGGGUGGGAGUGUUCUUUCCAAAACGUAAAUUAUUAAAUUCACUAAUUUUUUUAAAUUUUAUUUUUAUUUAUUUGAGAAGCACUGGACUGACAGAUCACAGGGAUUGUAGCACAGUACAGUUACUCGCAAUGGGUGGCUUAUCAUGAGCUUCCAAGUCAAACCUUCCAGGUCAGUGAGACGGACUGGAAGAGCUUGAGGAGGCAAUAUAGAUAGCAGUGACUAAUCAUACUAAUUAACACCAGAUUAUAUUAAAGACUUAGACAAUUCUUUGUCAAUACACCUAUUUUUGGUCUACAAGUCUUGAUAAACUGAAUGACCUUGAAAGUCUAUUUACUUCGACAUUUACAUUACAGCAUGUACAGCAUAUAAAUAGUUAUUCACUAAACAAUACAUUUCUGGCACUCUUAACAGAAUUACAAAUGCAAGACCAAAAAAACACAAGUCAGUUAUAUUGACCCCCCUCCCCUAAGGACCAAACUUCUGGAAUAAAAGGGAAUCAUGACAUGUCAUGUGUCCUUAAGGGCCACUCUGUCCACAUAAUGAUCUUAUCACAAGUAAGUCCUUAGGAGGUUUAUAUGUCACAGAGUUAAAACAUUUCAAAUGGUUCGACCCCAAUACUGUGUCCAUGGUGCCGGUCACUGCCUCCCUUGUAUUCCCCCUCAGCCACUGUGAUACAAUAAAAAUGAAAAUCCAGCGCACUCUCUGAUCUACUAAACAGCAACUUUGGUGCUGACAGAUUUUGUUAGUUUUUUACAAACCGCUAAUCUAGGCAAAAAAUAAUGGGUGUUUAGUUACAUUAUAUGAUUAUACAUUGCAUAAGCCUGCCACAACGUCAAUGUACCCCAUCUUUGGCAGGUCCUACUCUAACAGCCAAAUGUCUGCUAAAUGAGCUACUUACUUGGGGGAAAAAAAAUCCAUCUGGAGUUCUCUGCAGUACAGGACUAAAUAUUGCCCUGGUAUGAGGCACCUGUGACAGGGAGGGGUGCAAAACCAAGGACUUGGCUAGGCUCCCAAAUAUAUAUUGAGAAAACAGGGGGCUUGCUGCACUCACCUAAACAUGCAUAAAUAUGGUGCUGCUAGGAGCCAAUAAGUAAAUGAGCUGAGGGGGGUGGGGAGGGGGAAUCCAUCUGGAGUUCUCUGCAGUACAGGGCUAAAUAGGGCCAUGGGAUGAGGCACCUGUGACAGGGAGGGGUACAAAACAAUUGGUGUGGUUUGUCUUUAAGUACAAAAUAAAUAAAUUGGGGAUAAUUAUUAUUUAUGUUUGUUUUUAGUUUUUAACUUAAUAUAAUAUGAUUAUUAUGUUUUACAUAGUCUGAUUUCAAAACCUUUACCAUAAUAUGCUCUUUUGUAGGUCAGUCACCCCAAUGAACUACAAAACCGUGAAAUUAACAUCGUAUUAAAUCCAAAGUGAAUGAAAACUGCAUACUGGCAAAGAGAACCACUGCUUACGUCUUUAAAUAAAUUCUGUUAGUAGUGUGGUGUUCCCUAAACAUGUUUAUGUAUAAAUACAUGGCUAUUAUUUUUUUUAACUUGGUUUUUAUGAUUGCCUCUUAUGCAUAAGACAUAUAUAUCAAAUCAUAUUCAACUGUGAAAAAAACGGUCUUAUUGUUUGUGGAUAUCUAUAAUAACACACUGAUUGUACACACAAUAAAUUUGUAAAUUUGUAGGUAUGCUCUUCC